AUGGUGUUUCAAUUAUGUGGUUUGUCUCUCUACGGACAAGGUGACCAGAAUAAUAAUCCUGAUAAAGUUGCCGACCUGAAACGGGCUCUGCACCAGGAUGGAACGCAUCCUGAUCUGUUUGAACUUCCACCAGAAAAUGGAACUACUAAAUUGAAAAUAGAAGAUAUGGAUAAUGAAAUCGAAACUGAAACAAACUUUGUGAAAACUCAAAAUUUAUUAAAUAAACCUCAAAAGGCCUGGUCGGAUCUUGAUGACAAAAAACAAGUAUUAGGCAAUGAAGUAGAAGAAGAUGAAAAUUGUUGCUGGAUGUGUCUUUUUGGACAAAAAAAUAGGAAAAAUGUUGUCCACUGUUCACCGUUGCUGAACGAAGAAUCUAUUGAAGAAACCGUCAUAACACAAAUAAAACCAGCCGCCUUGCCAUCACCAACGGUAUCUUCAGAAGAUGUUCUUCAAGAACAUCUGAACAUCCAACAGCGUCAACAAGAAUUGCUGCUACAACUUCAACAAAAGCAGGCUCUCUUGGAUAGAGUUACAUAUGGAAGGGAAACGCCAUCUAAAUUAUUUGGUGAAAUAGAUGGCUCCAGAUUUGUGUCACGUAGUGUUAGUUCAGCACCAAGCAAUCAGAGAGAAUUAUUGGACCAUCAAGGAGCGAUAAGUCAUGAAACCCAAAACGAUUCUUCGACCCAAAUUCUACGACCAGCUUCCACCCAAACAACUAAAAGUUUUCUGCAAACCAGAGAUGAAGAAACGCUAACGAAUAUUUCAAAUUUUGCUGAUAGUAUCUCAAAAGAUCAUGGGGACUCAUCGAGUGUCAAUAAAUCACCACAAAAGUUACAAGAUUCUCCUGUUUUAUCAGCGAUGGCAGCAGUCUCCGCGGUCUACUGUGGGAAAAAUGGUGCAUCAUCCGAAAACUCGUCUCCCAAUAAUUCGCGCCCUGAUAGUCCGAUAGCAAUAAAAGAGUCUCCAUAUCAAACACCAGAGAGGAGAAUACCUCGUCUAAUACCAGUAGUUCGACAAAAUAAUGAUUAUGUUGCUCGAAUUGAAACAAAUGGUUAUCAAACACCAUCGUCCAGGUCUAAAAGCAGACAAGAUGAUGUUAAAACCCCAACCAGAACUCCUUCACCAAAACAAAAUAUUUCUCUACCGCCGACUCCGAAAAAAACUAACAAAUCUUUACCAAACACUCCUAAGAGUUCUAUUCCGUCCAGAGCAGGAACACCUCAGCGUAGUACGAUGUCGCAAGUUUUGACACCAGUACAUGAUUCCUCAAAAGAUUUUACAAGUCGUCUCGUUUCAUACCAGGGAUCGCCGGAUAGAAAGGAUACUAAUUCAUAUAAUUCCAGGGAUCAAGAUGUUCCUUUUAUUGUGAAAGCACAUCCAAAACGAUUUAUGGAUGAGAAUGAGUUUGAAGUAACGACGUCUGAUUUAGCAAAUGCAUCAUCAAUAACCGAUGACACACCACGUGAAGGUGUACCAUCAAUGCUGAGAAAACCUAUGUAUCUUACACGUGGUAAACGUGACCAGGAAAUUAAGCCACCUCAACGACGUAUUCCGCGUACUAGCAGUAAACUAAAUUCGAUUUACAGCACUUCAGCUAAUAGAAAUUCUACUAAUAAUUUGAUAACGCCAUUUGAUAAUGUGAAAGAAGGACUCUCUAAAACCAUAAAAGAUUUAGAAUGUAAUGACUGGGAGAAAAAUGUAUCAGCAUUUAAAGGAUUGAUUAGACUACUGCGAUACCAUAACGAUGUUGUAGAAAACUCUUUGCAUACUUUAGCAGCACUUAUGGCCAAGCAUAUUUUGAACUUGAGAUCACAGGUUUCCAGAGCUGCAUGCCAAGCAGCUGGUGAACUAUUUACAGUACCUCGUCGUGGCUUAGAUGCAGAACUUGAUGAUAUAACUCAACCUCUUCUGCAUCGAACAGCGGAUACAAACCGUUUUUUAAGAGCAGAUGCUGAUGCUGCCUUAGACGUCAUGUGUGAUCGGCUGGCGCCUCAUCGAGUUGUUUUUGUAGCCACUGGUAAAAGCGCUUCUCAUGCCAGUGCUUUGGUCAGGGGAACUUGCGCCCGUCUUUUAGCAAGAUUGGUACAGCGAGUUGGGAAAGACAAGAUAUUUUCGCUGAACAAGGAACAUAGGGAUCGAGUCCUAAUCACCGGAGCAAAGUUUUUGCAAGAGGGCAGCCUGGAGACCCGAAAUUAUGCAAAACAACUGUUUCAAGAAUUAACCAAACAUGAAAAUUUCUCGAAAACAAUUGUAGAAGUCUUACCUACAAGAACUAUGCGUAAUAUAGAAAAAACUCUCAGAAGUAUUCACUGA